AGCAGCCAGUGCCUUCGGUUUUUUUUUUUGGGUGCGUGAGUGUGUGUGUUUGUGCGUCGGUUCUAUAUACCAAACCCCAACGUAUUUAGAUGAUCCACGCUGGCUAUUGUUACGCGUAACAACGCCAUACGUUUUCUGUACGCGUUUUAUAGACUUUGAAUUUGAAAGAAAGGGGCGAAAGAAACGAAGUAUUACGUCAAAGGUGGAGAGAGAAAACUAUUUUUACUCACCUGAAGACUCUAAGCGCUGACAGACGCCAUGUCUUGCUGGCCAUUGUUGUGCUUCCUGUCAACGGCUUUGCGGCUCCUGAUGGCUGAUCCGCUAUCGACGUCCCACCAUAACGGAAUUGGAGGCAAUAAUAGAACGGGGCAACUGGACGAUCUGCUGGGCGAUAUUGGUGACGUCACGACGGGCAAUCUCGGCUCGUUGUGCAUUUCGCAGCAGGUGCGCUCCGUGCCCGUCCCCGUCCGAGUCGACGGAUUCGAAUCGGCCCGUCAAAAGGCCGACAUGCUGGCCCGUCUCCUCCAAGAUCUCGGCCAGCUCGACAAUCAAGAAUUGCUCAAGUUGCUGAUUACGAGCGCCGUGCGGAGCGAGCGGACAAUCGAAACCUCACGUAUUGUCACAUUCACUAAGCCAACGGCACUUGCAUCAUUGGCUUCAUCAUCGCCAUCAAACGGAUUCGUUCGCGACCAAGGCAAUAUUGUCAAUCUCCUCUUUAUGGCCCAUGCGGCUCGUCCAGCUUCUCCUUACGCCGACCCGUCCGUCAAAGUCGAUUACAUCCAGCAGCCAGCAUCCAUCAACGCUUCCAUUCAACAACAGUCGACCACGCUGCCUAAGGCGACGUCCAUCAAUUCAGGCAGCCCGUUGCCGGGCAACACGGCGUUGAACGAUCUUCCGUGGUUCGACGAUCCUUUCCGUUCAACUCCGCAGGCGGCGAAAGGUUUUCUCACCAACUGGAACAAGUUCAUGAUCAACUCUUCGAAUGUCACCUUUCUUGGGUGGUGGACCUUUCCGUAUUACCAGUGUUCCAGUCGACGCUGGUUGCUCACGUACACCAUUCCGGUCACCAGCGUUUCUUCCACGUCUUCCACAGCUGCCGACCGGUUGGAUGGAUUGCUUACGGUAGACGUGUCCGUUUCGUCGAUGGAUAUCAACCAAUGCGGCGACGGGCCGUCGUCUGUUGAGGCAACAGCUGAUCAGCAAACCGUUACGCAUUUCAGUGGCACCCAUAAAUGUCACGAGACGAGCACCUGCCGAUUCGAGAGAGGUUACGGAUGGAUACGAGGUGGUUACACAUGCACCUGCCUGCCAGGAUAUUAUUCGCCAUUUUUGAAAAAUGCCACUUUCAACGGAUCCCACGUCGAAUUGGCCUUUAGGAAUAAAUUGACAUUCAACAGCCCAGUGUACGAUCAAUUGUACCGAUGCCUUCCGUGCUCCGCCGGGUGCGACGUCUGCGUCGAUGACUCGCCAUGUUUGGCGCCUUACGACUGGCCCUUUAGGAUUGCAUUGUUGGUCAUUUCCAUGUCAUGGGUUUUGAUAUCCAUCGGUUUAAUGGGCGCCGUUUAUAAAUAUCGACGCCUCAAAGUCUUCAAGGUGGCCAGUCCUACAUUUCUCUGUGUCACACUGCUCGGCUGCGCCACGAUGUACGCAGAGAUGGCAGCCAUUUUUCCUGAACUGAACACGCCAGCGUGCGUUGCCACCAAGUGGACUCGUCAUAUGGGAUUUUGCAUCACUUUCAGUUCCCUCUUGAUGAAAACAUGGAGGGUAUCUCUCACAUAUCGAGUGAAAUCUGCACACAAAUUGAAAUUGACCGAUCAACAAUUACUUCAAUGGAUGGUGCCCAUCAUGCUCGUCGCUACCGUCUACCUGGGCGCUUGGACGGCCAGCGACCCGCCCACCGGCGAAUUUAUUCUCACCGGGCCCACCAUGAAGUUCACUCAGUGCACCUACAACUGGUGGGACCACAGUCUCGCCAUCGGCGAAGUCUUUUUCCUCAUGUGGGGCAUCCACGUCUGCUACUCCGUCAGACACGCCGAGACGUACUUUAACGAGACCAAACACAUCUCCUGGGCCGUCUACAACAUUGCCGUCACCAACAUCAUCUUUGCUUCCUUCCAUUUGCUGUUGUUGCCAAAUGUCGGACCAGACAUGAAAUAUCUACUGGGUUUCGUUCGCACGCAGAUGAGCACGACGGUGACCAUCGCCUUGGUGUUUGGUCCAAAGUUUUAUCUGGUGGCGGUUGGGAGGGGAGAUGAACACGAUGCAAGGACCAAAGCACGUGGUGUGACGGCUUCCUUCUCGUUGAACGGACUCAGCUUGGCCGGCGGCAUGGGCGGAAGUUGUGCUGGAGCGAGCGGCGGAGUCCUCGUUGGUGGCGGUAUGACGGAAAACCUGGAGAACAGUGGCAAUCCGCCAGAACCCGACGAUCAACCCGUAGACCUCUACCGCGAAAACGAGGAACUAAAAGAACAAUUACAAAAACUGGCCGGUCACAUGGAAUUCAUGAAAAUCGUCCACAUGGGCGUGAACAACCCACACCUGAAACCGAAACCUGGCGGUUACUUCAGUCACGGCAAUGUGGCAACGACGGCCGCAGCGGCGGCCGUGGUUUCCGUCGCGGCCGCCACCUCCGUAGCGACGGCCACCGGCCCUGGAUCGACCAGUCCAUCGACGACGGGCGAAUCGAGUCUCUUGCAAAAACGGGGAGCUUCGCUGCUCGAGCCGGCCGUUGUGCAUUUCAACUACGAGUCGGACGUGCUGCUCAGUCGGAAGAGCUCGUCGCGUCAAAUUCAGCCCAGCUCGCUGGGCGUCGUCGUCGACGAUGCCAACGUCCUCGACGAUUCGCCCACCGCCGAGCUUUUACCCAAUUCGGGCCCGUCAAAACUCUGACUAGUCGUCAAUAGUGAGGAGGUUUGGCUAUGAAAAUGACGACGUCAUUGGGGCUUCUCUCAAUGUUUUAUUAUUUCGUGUAAUCGUGCGUCACUUGUUACGGGGCAUCGGAUACAUCUGCGAUGAUUUGCGAGUAGCCAAAGACACAUGUCCUCCUCACUAUUGACUCGUUAUCAAAAUCGUUCCAUUUGCGCUGACUUGUAAAUAAUAGAAAACGUCGUUUAUGUUUACGUUCUCUUUUUUUCCGAUUUUAAUGACUAGGAUUUCAAAUGUCGGUCUUCUCUUAUCCAUUUCUGUCGCACACGUACACACUUGUAGAUGUUUAAGAAAAAAGAAAAGGAAAUCAUAUUUUGAAGGCGAUUUUUGUUGUUUGAUUUCACGCAUGUACACGCACAUUUAUAUUAAAGAAAAAAAAAUCGGGAGAAGAUAAAUGGAGGGGAAAACGGGACUGUACAAUAUUCAUUGACAUUACAUACAAAUACAUACAAGAUCGGGAAAUAUACAUUAAAAAAUCGUAA